UUAAAUGUCCAUCAACCCUCCUAUUCCCCCCUCACAUCCACCACAUCCUAUUAUUGUGUGACCAAUACCAUCCAAAUCAUUCUUACUUUCAUUUCCCAAAGUUAUCCGUCUACAAGACCUGUAUAGAUCACAUGAUGGCACCAAUGAGGAUGGAGGAGGACCAUCACAUGACUGAGAAGAUACCAACCUCACCCUGUUAUCCGUCUACAAGGAGAGGAUUCUGGGAUAGAUCACAUGAUGGCACCAGAGGUGAGGAGGAUUCUGGGAGUCAGGUGAUCAUAUGACCAUCACAGUGCCUCCAUGUGACUCCCUAAACCCUGAGAGACACAACAUGCAGAAGAUUCUAGAAGUCACCAAGAAGAUGAUGGAGCUGCUGACAGGAGAGGUGAGCGGUGAGGGUGCCGGGAAUUCUGGGACAUUCUCCAGUAACAGACAAGGGAUGUGUCUGGAUGAAGGACACAAGGAUCUCUACAAGGACGUCAUGAUGGACAAUCAGCCGCCCCUCACAUCACCGGAUGGAUCCAGUCAUGGGAACCCACCAGAGAGAUGUCCCCGUCCUCUGUAUUCCCGGGAUUCCACACAGGAAGGUCACACCAUCCCUCACCAUCAUCAGAGUGGAAACCUGAGAGAUCCUAAAGUUGAGGUUAAAGAAGAGAUAAAAGAGGAGGAUGAUGAGGAUGGGGGAUGGAGGAGUCAGAGACUUUCUAAAGCAACACAAAGAUCUGUACCAGGACACCAUGGUGGAGUCAUCCAGCUACAGGAACCCACCAGAGAGAUGUCCCCGUCCUCUGUAUUCCCGGGAUUCCACACAGGAAGGUCACACCAUCCCUCACCAUCACAAGAGUGGAAUCCUCGGGGAUGAUAAUAUUGAUGUUAAAGAAGAGUAUAAAGAGGAGGAUGAGGAGUAUGGAGUGAUGGAGGAGUUUUCAGAAGGACACAAGGAUAUGAUGGAGCCACCUAAUACCAGGAACCCACCAGAGAGAUGUCCCCGUCCUCUGUAUUCCCGGGAUUCCACACAGGGUCACACCAUCCCAUCAUCAUUACAAGAGUGGAGAUCCAAUCGAUAUAGAAUUUGAGGUGAAAGCAGAAGAAGAAGAGGCGUAUGUGAGGGAUGAUCAGCAGUCUAUGGAGGAGGAUGGAAUAACGGGGACAUUUAUAGAGGAGGACACUCCUCAGAGAUCAGCACAGUCCAUGGCCGGGAGAUGAGGAAAACCUCCGAGGAUUGUCUCACUUUGUCUCCAGACUGGAAAGUAGAAGAUGAGGACAUCACACAGUAUAGUCCAGGAGAAAACCCGGCUCCCCAAUGUCCAU